AUGCUUAAGAUUUGGGGGCUCAUUCUCUUCUAUGGACUGCUCACACAGAGCUCAGCCUACAGAAGAAGGCAGAAGUUGAUCCUGACUCAACCACAGAAACAUGUAUUUGUUCAGGCAGAUGCAUCAGCACAGGCAGAAGCAUCCUCCAGCUUACUCUUAAAAGCGGCUAACAGUUUACACAUUGAACUGUUGAACACAAAUACACCUAGCAAUCUUAAGAAACUCCCCUUCAUGAAGGCCUUAAACACUAUCCAACAUGGAUGGCUUGGAAAUUCUCAUGCAGGCGUGGAUGCCAAGUUUCUUGACCUGGAGAUUUCUUCGAUUAAAGUUACAAAGGCCCAAAUCUUCAAGAUGAAUAUUACACAAAGUGAAGACAGACGUCAGCUAUUAGCAACAUACCCUGCAACCUUGGAUAUGGAAGCAAAUAUAUUGUUUCUUGGAAAUAUUGGCUUCAGAAUAGAUAUAGUCAACAUGUUUCGAAUUGGAACAGAGAUCGAUGAACAUGAAGAUGGUUACCUGGCUAUUCAGGAUUGUAACACUGACCUUGUCAAUUUUAAAGUCAAAACCCACAUCAGGGUAAUCAAUGAUGUCCUGGAUGCCUUUGUAAGCCUUCUGGAUGCUGUGGUCCCUCAACUGGUAGAGGAAGCACUCUGUUCAGCAGUCAGCACAUGCUUACCAAGAUUAGGUUUUAACCUGAAAACGGCUCUUGUUGAUGCACUAACAUGUGGACAUGAUCUUAGUGUUAAUUAA